GCAAAAGAAAUUGUUUUAAAAGCCCAGAUCUUAGCAGGAGGAAGAGGAAAAGGAGUCUUCAAUAGCGGUUUGAAAGGAGGUGUUCAUUUAACAAAAGACCCUAAAGUGGUGGAACAGCUGGCUCAACAGAUGAUUGGUUAUAAUCUAGCCACGAAGCAAACUCCAAAAGAAGGUGUGAAAGUAAACAAGGUGAUGGUUGCUGAAGCCCUGGACAUUUCUCGAGAAACCUACUUGGCCAUUCUGAUGGACCGGUCCUUCAAUGGUCCCGUGAUCGUGGGCAGCCCCCAGGGGGGCGUUGAUAUUGAAGAAGUGGCAGCUAAGAAUCCAGAACUCAUCUUUAAGGAGCAGAUUGACAUUUUUGAAGGGAUAAAGGACAGCCAGGCCCAGCGGAUGGCAGAAAAUCUAGGCUUCCUUGGGCCUUUGAAACUUCAGGCAGCCGACCAGAUUAAAAAGCUGUAUCAUCUCUUCCUGAAGAUUGACGCUACUCAGGUGGAAGUGAACCCCUUUGGUGAAACUCCAGAAGGACAAGUUGUCUGUUUUGAUGCCAAGAUAAACUUUGAUGACAAUGCUGAAUUCCGACAAAAGGACAUAUUUGCUAUGGACGACAAAUCAGAGAAUGAGCCCAUUGAAAAUGAAGCUGCCAGAUAUGAUCUCAAGUACAUAGGACUAGACGGGAAUAUUGCCUGCUUCGUGAAUGGUGCUGGAUUAGCCAUGGCUACUUGUGACAUCAUUUUCCUGAAUGGAGGGAAGCCAGCUAACUUCUUGGACCUUGGAGGUGGUGUAAAGGAAGCCCAAGUCUAUCAAGCAUUCAAACUGCUCACAUCUGAUCCCAAGGUGGAAGCCAUCCUUGUCAAUAUCUUUGGUGGGAUCGUCAAUUGUGCCAUCAUUGCCAAUGGGAUCACCAAAGCCUGCCGGGAGCUAGAACUGAAGGUUCCCCUGGUGGUCCGGCUUGAAGGAACUAAUGUCCAGGAGGCUCAGAAGAUCCUCAAAAGCAGUGGACUCCCCAUUACACCAGCCAAGGACUUGGAGGAUGCAGCCAAGAAAGCUGUUGCCAGUGUGGCAAAGAAAUGAUUGCUUCCCCGGGCUCCUAUGAAGAAGGGCUCUUUCCUCAACACUGUGAAAGCAAUGUUAUAUCACUGGGAAAGGGUCACACACCAGGAUCAUUAUCUGAAAACAAUCUUAAGUCUGAACUUUCUCAAAUAAGCUAUCCAGAGUGCCUAAAGCCGAUUUUGCACUGUAGUCAUUGGAAAAAAAAAAAAAAA